AAAUACGUGUUUCCUCCACUGUAAAUGUAUAGCCUCAAUGUCCUGAGAUAGCUGAUUGAUUUAAUAGUUUGAUGUACAAUGUGUCUCAAUGGAGAAGAAGAAACCUCAGAUUCCUGAGAGUCCAUCGAGGUGAGUUCCUCCGAGGAGACGUCCCCCGCUGUGUCCCCUUCCCAGGAUCCCCCCCACAGGACCCCAUCACAGAGACACCCCUACCUAACGUGAUCCAGGAGACUGAACCUCCUUCCUCACUCCCUUCCUCACCUCCUCAUCUCCUUCCCUCCUCUCCUCUCAGAGGACCCUCAGACCUCCACAGACCCCCUCCCUCUCCUCCCUGAAGACCCAGCAAACAUAGCUCUGUUUGUGGACGUUUCUCCAGCUUCCGCCGUCCAGUCGAUCGCCUGGAUCGGGGUCGUACCCUUCAAAGCGAAGGCGGUUAAGAAGGAUUGACAAAAGGAUUGGACGACGACAUGCACGCGCUA